AUGCCCGGGAGCCGCUCCAGCACGGACCCAGAGCACAAGUCACCGCGAGAAAGUGGUGAAGACUCGGAGGAUGAGAGCGAGAUCCUGGAGGAGAGCCCGUGCGGGCGGUGGCUUAAACGCCGGGAAGAGGUAUAUGUAGGUUCCAAAUCAACGGUAGCUGAAGGUUCUAGCUUUGGAUCAACGAGAGGAGCUGAAAACGAAGUUACUGAAAUGGAAGUGGAACAAAGAGAUGUUCCAGGAAUUGACUGUGCCUACCUGGCAAUGGAUACAGAAGAAGGUGUCGAAGUGGUGUGGAAUGAGGUACAAUUUUCGGAAAGGAAAAACUUCAAGGCUCAGGAAGAAAAAAUACAACUCGUUUUUGAGAACCUAACGCAAUUGGAGCACCCUAACAUUGUUAAAUUUCAUAGGUAUUGGACAGAUACUCACAAUGAUAAACCCCGAGUUAUAUUUAUAACGGAAUACAUGUCAUCUGGGUCUCUGAAACAGUUCCUAAAACGAACAAAACGCAAUGUAAAAAAGUUGCCUCUACAAGCUUGGAAACGAUGGUGUACACAAAUACUUUCUGCACUCAGUUAUUUGCAUUCCUGCUCACCUCCUAUUAUACAUGGAAAUCUUACCUGUGACACUAUUUUUAUUCAACAUAAUGGACUUGUAAAAAUUGGUUCAGUAGCUCCAGAUGCAAUUCACCACCACAUCAAAACUUGUAGAACGAACAUGAAGAAUAUGCAUUUUGUGGCCCCAGAAUAUGGAAAUUCUGUCACACCUGCCAUUGAUAUUUAUUCAUUCGGGAUGUGUGCUUUGGAAAUGGCUGCACUGGAAAUUCAGGGAAACGGUGAUACGGGUACAAUUGUUACCGAAGAUAACAUCCGAAAGACAAUAGAAUCUUUAGAUGAUGUUCAACAAAAAGAUUUUAUUCGUAAAUGUCUUGAGGUGGACCCACUUAGUAGACCGAGUGCGAGAGAGUUGUUAUUUCAUCCCGUUCUGUUUGAAGUACAUUCUCUCAAAUUGCUCGCAGCACACGCCUUGGUCAAUUCAGCUACUAACAUUUCGGAAACAAUCACAGACGAAGUGUUACAAAGGCUAUAUGGACCAGAUACUGUAGUCGCCGAAGUAAAAUAUCAAGGAAUACCUUCGCAACAAAUUCGUUUAAGUGAUAUUCCCGUUACGGAGAAAUUAGAAAAAUUUGUUGAAGAUGUAAAGUAUGGAAUAUAUCCAUUGACUGCAUUUAUGGCGAAAUUACCUCCGCCUGUCCGACCGAGGGCAAUAUCGCCCGAAGUGACAGAAUCGGUUAAAUCGGUUACACCCGAGCCCGUGGACGUCGAGUCUCGAAGAGUAGUUAAUAUGAUGUGUAAUGUUAAGCCUAGAGAAGAUAGUAAUGAAUUACUUAUGACAAUAUUGUUACGAAUGGAUGACAAAAUGAAUAGACAAUUGACGUGUCCUGUGAGCCAAAUGGACACUUCGAUGCUUCUCGCACAAGAACUUGUACAUUUUGGAUUUAUUAAUGAGAUUGAUCGUGAUAAGAUAGCCAAUUUAAUUGAAGAGGCAUUGAGGAGAUACUUUAACAAACAAAUGGUGACGCCAGGAAUGGUAUCAUUAACUAAUCUUCCUACUCAAACUACUUUAUUGCUGCCUGGUUCGGAAUUUCCAUGUUUGCAACACUUUGAUAAUUCUGUGUGCAACGCCACAACAUCCAUUAGUGAUAAUGCAACUAACCUGCUGCCAAAAACCUCAGGUAUACCUGUGUCAAGUAACAAAACGAGUAAACUUCACGAUGAUGCGGAACCGCCGACAAUCAGUGAGAGCGGUAGUUAA